AUGGAUGAAGUUCGAGGCCAAGGUAUAAUUGUUGGUGGUGAUGGCCAGUGUGAUUCCCCUGGCUUCAACGCAAAGAAUCUGUGUUACUAUAAAGUGGAAGUUGGCUCCAAGUACAUCUUACAUGUUGAAAUUGUGGAUAAACGACAUGUUGGUUUGGUUUCGAGUAACAUGGAGAUAGAGUUGGUCACUGAUGCCUCAACUUCUGUCAAGAAAUUACUGGGUAAGAUUAAGUUUAGAAACUGAAUUUAAGUGGUUAAAGAUGAUGUAAAAAUAGUCAAUUAAGUAAGCAACGAGUUUUAAAGAAAAUGCAUUCAUAAAAAAUACAAAAGAUCCAACAAAUUUUGGUGUAAAACUAUUUCAAGGUGUACUAUCUUCAUUGUAGAAUUUAAGUUGUCUUUGUUUUGUCUGAAAAUAUAUUUUAACAGUGCCUAAAAUGCAAAACAUCAUUCUUUUCAAUUUUCAUGUGAAUAUUUUUUAUUUGUCUUUGUGUAUUCAUACUAAAACAAUAAUUUGCCCCAGUAGUCUGGGAGCUAUUUUCAGAAACGGCCUUAUUUAAGGAGUUUGCACAACCCACCUUACAGAAAAGGUUUGACACUUGAUUCUUAUAGAACAAUAUAUGCGUUUUAACAUGAGAUACUUUGUACUAUCAAUUUGUGGUAUAGGUGUCGAGAUAUCGGGGUUUUUUAGCCCCAAUAUGGCGGAAUAACAUCAGAGCGAGGCUACGUACCGCGAGGCCCACAGAUUGGUUGGCUUUUAACCAAAUCUCACGAAAAAUAUCUCAUAUGAAUGCACUUUCACGGGGCUUUCGAAAAAAUGUGAGCAAGUAAUCAUUGUGUCACCUCACAAAUCACGUGAUCCAAAAAAAUACGGAUUUUUGGUCUGAAUUUGCUCAAAAACCCUUGAAAACAGAUCUUUUCACAAAAAAAUCCAUCAAAAUGUAUUUAUCAAGGCAUUUUAACAUGCUAAAACAGAAAAAGUACAAUUCAAGUAGCGUUGUAGAAUAUCCGAGAUGAAUGACAUCAUGAAUAAGACUGGAACGACUUGCGUAGGUAACCAGGCUUCCUUCACUGGCGGCCAUAUUUGAUUUAUCAAUAAUUCAUUUAACAAAUAAAAAGUGCUUUUUAUAACAGGAAAACAUAUCACAUUUUUUAAGAUUGUUGGAGUCAUGAGGGUAAACAUAAUAAUUUGUGAAAAUGAUAUAUUGAAUAUAUAUUUGUGUCGUUUUUUGAGUUUUUGGUAAUUUUUAGUUGCAUAUAUUUAGUACAGGCUACUGAGGUGCGUCAUAUAUUUAGUAUAGGUUAUUUCAUUUGCAGUAUGCUUCUGUUAUGGAUGAGGAAGAUGAAUGUAUAAAUCUGUCAAAUAGUAAUAAGGAUGGUUACUUAUCAGAGUAAUGGAGGUAAACAUAAUAACAUGUGAAAAUGAAAUAAGUAAUUAGAAAAUUCGAUUAAAAUUAAUUUAUUUUGUAUAUUCAAUAAAGGCUAAUUUGCUUUGCAGAUGGAUGAUGGAGUUCAUUUGCUUCCUGCCAAACAAAAAAAACUUACUAAUUUUAAACAAUGUAUAAUUUGUCAAGGAAGCAACAAGCAUGAUUGUUUAAGAAAAGCACAAGUUCCAUCAGUUGAAAAGUUUAUAUAUGCUUCAAAUAUUUGCAAAGAUGAUUGUUUUGAUAGAUUGCAUAUUGAUAUUGAUAAUCUUACUUCCAGAGAGAUUUUGUGGCAUAAUUCAUGUUACGCAUCUUACACUAGUGAGCGUAAUUUACGUAGCCUAUCAACGGGUCAAACGGGUUCUCCUCAAGUGAAUGAAGUGAGUUUGAAAUCGCAACGAAACCGUCCAUUGAUUGACUGGACGAAGUGUAUCUUUUGUCGGAAUGCUUCUCGCAAAAGGGAUUUUAAACUAAUCAAUAUUGUGACUUUUGAAGCGUGCAAUAGCAUUAGAACAGCUGCUGAGGCCAGAGGCAAAGAAGAGCUACUGCCUGUAUUACGAACUGUUGAUCUAAUUGCUAGUGAAGGCAAGAAUCAUAAGUCUUGCCAUGCAUCAUAUGUGAGCAAGGCAAAUAUCAAAUCGCAGUGUAUAAAUGGAAAACCUGUUAACGAAUACCAGGAUUCGUUUGCUGAGUUCCUUGACAUAAUACGACCUGAAAUCCUGAAGGGAAAAGUGUACAAUACGAAUUACCUACUACAAUUGUACAAGGAUAUGCUAACCAAGAGAGAUGUAAAUGCCGAUAGCUACACCAGGCAAAAGCUCAAAUUAUGUUUAAAGUUAGUCUUCAACGACAGCCUUGUGUUUCACCAACCGCAUGGGAGCACAAAGCCAGAAAUUGUUUACUCUAGUUCCAUAUCACUUCUUGGUGUUAUUAACAUAGCUACGAGAACAACCGAGAACACCACAACUUCAGUUGCAGCUCAGAAUGAAUUCAUAAGGGAUGAUCCAAAUGAAUCAAUUAAGAUAAUCAAUAAAGCAGCAGUCAUUUUCAGAAAUGAUUUAAGCAUGUGCAAGGGAAUUAAAAUCGAUUCCUUAUCUCUUGAAGACUUGCACAUACAGAAGGCGCGAACACGUAUUCCUGAUAACCUGUAUUGGUUGGUGAGGUAUAUGGUAUCCUUGGAGGUGUACGCUGCUGAUCAAAGCCCUAAAGCUUCAAAUGUCUCACAUGAAAGGAAGAUACUAAUGAUAUGCCAAGACGUCGUACACGCUGCAAGUAACGCCAGAGUGAAGCUUCCAAAGCAUGUAUCGUUAGGUAUAACUAUUAAACAUCUAACAAGGUCGAAGCAGCUCAUAACUCUGCUAAACUGAAUGGGACAUUGUUGCUCAUAUGAACAAACUGAAAUUGUGGAAACAGCCCUCGCUAAUGAAACAAUCGCUAGAUCAGAGUUGAAUGAAGGUGUUAUCAUUCCAUCAAACAUAUCACCUGGUGUGUUUGUCCAUAUGGCAGCAGAUAAUAAUGAUUUCAACGAGGAAACCAUCGAUGGAAAGAACACUACCCAUGCGACAACCUUCGUUGCUUUCGAAAGGAAACAACAUGCACCAGCAACGCCACCCAUGGAAAUCUACGUGGAUCACUCACAGCGGAAAAGGUCCUUAGAUUUGUCAAGACCUAUAGUGACGGUAGAGGAUAUCAAUGUUGGAGGAAGACGUCCAGCCGUUACGAAUUACGUUAAUAAGAUGACAAAUGCAAGUUGGCUACAACCAAAUGAUAAUUUCCUUUCAGCUUGUCAAGACGACUUGGAAUGGCUAAUCCUACGCAUGCAUUCCCAUACAAUGUUUGAAGAAAAUUAUCAAACAGUUGAUGCUCAGAAGAUUCGAGGUUGGAGUGGAUUUCAGUCCCUCAGAUUCUCGGAUCCUUCAACGCCUACUUCCAUUGGCUACCUUCCUAUGAUCCAGGCAGAUGCAAACGAGUACAGUACAAUCAACACGGUUAUGAAACUCUCGUUGAAGAUGGCAAAUGCGCUUGGACAGUCCGAAUCUGUAGUAACGUUUGACUUAGCAAUUUACGUUAAGGCAAAGCAGCUUCAAAUGAGGUACCCGGGUGAGUUCAAGAAUGUCGUAGCUCGCUUAGGAGGGUUUCACAUAGCUUUAAACUAUCUUUCGCUCCUUGGAAAGAUGUAUUCAAACUCUGGUUUAGAAGAUCUUCUUACUGAAUCAGGAGUGUAUGCGCCUGGAACUACCACCGCAUUGAUAGCAGGAAAGUCAUACAAUCGUGGAGUACGAGCCCACAAACUUUGCUUCGAGGCUCUGUUUCGACUAAUGUGGAAAACGUUUGCAAGUUGGCUUGAAGAAACCGCGCAAGGCUUAGAUGAAAUUUUAAAGACGGAAGCCCUCGAGUUACUCAACCAAUGCCAAGAUUCCGACAAUAAGGAAGAAUACCUUAAAGAAAACUGGCAUUCGCUAAAAGAUGGCUUAAGUGCACUGGUGCAUCUAUUCAAAGAAUUUGAAAAUGAAGGAAAAGUCAAAUCACAGCUUUUUGCAUUCUGGAGUGAAUACAUGUCAAUGGUGUCCUUUCUGCUUCAGUUUAUCAAUGCUGAGCGAACUGGCAAUUGGAACUUACACUUGUCUUCCACUAAGAUGCUACCCUAUUUCUAUGCCAUGGAUAAGAGUGAAUUAUGCAAGAUGGCUCCCUGUAUACUUGGCAGACAUGCAUUCACUACAGGAGCAGCACCCAGAAGUGUAUUCUGA